AUGUUUGGUGAAGAAAUAUCUGAAGAACUAAGAGAAGAAGUCGACAUUCUGCCGGAGACAGAUUUAAUGAACCAGCGCUGCAUUCCGGCGACUUUUAAUCUUCUUCAUUUUAUCGCUUGGCGACCUGAUCCCUCCCAGCUAAAACCGCUUCCUCCAGGCAGUGCAAAAUUUUCGCUGAAAGAUAUCUCUCGGUUUAGCGAAAUAGAGAAGGAAUACGAAAAGCAUCACAAGUGA